AUGACAACUCUCAUUUUAUUCACAUUUAUUGUACUUUCUUUUGGAAAAACUUGGUGUUGGAGUGACGAUUAUAAUGAUUAUGUUAAAUAUAAAUACACAAAGAAAUCAAAUUGUAAUGGAAAAGGAUGGAGUUACUCUUCAGAGAGUGUUAUUAAUAGACAAACUUAUCGUUUUGAAAUAAAAAAUAAUGAAAUAGGAUCAAUCAAAAAGUUUAGUGAUAUUAAAGGAAGUAUAAAUGAUAGAGAUAUGUAUUUUUCAUUUUCACCAAAUUUUCAAUCUAAUUCCUUUAAAGUGUUAAUAGUUGAAACUAACCGUCCAAAAAUAAUAAUAUGGAUUUAUCAUAAACAUGGAACUGAUGGUCUUUUUGUUGGUAUUGGUUGUUUUGAAAGUGAUAAUUGUCGUAAAAGUAUUAGUAAUAAUUAUGGAGCUUAUAUUUAUAUUUUUGAUAAGUCAAUUAUUGUUUAUUCUAAAAUGGAUGAGAAAUGGGUUAUUGAUUUCAGUAAUCGAGCUGUAAAUUAUGAAACUAAAACAAUUCCAUUCAUUUAUAUUGACGGUGAUGAUAAACAAACUGUUUCAUGUAAGUUUACAACUGACUUAUUUAGUGGAAGAAGUUAUAAUGACCCACAGAGGUAUUUAUUCACUGGUAAAAUCGAUUCUGUGACUAAGAUUGAUAAUAAUCAAAAUGACAAUGAAGAAACAGUUCAAAUUCCUGUAAAUAAAGAAACAAGAGAAUUAAUAUGUAUUGGAAAUAAAGGAAAAAAUACAAUUAAAGUUCAAUUUAGCGUAAAAGAAGGAUGUGACAAAUAUGAAAUAAGAACAAAUCCACAAUUAAUGACUAUUCCAAAAGGAAAAGCACUUGAAUUUGAAGUAUUUAUUAAGCCAUUAUGCAGUUGUUUUGUUGAAGAUAUUAUUAAAUUAUUUUCAUUGGAUAUGAAGAAAGGAACAACAAUUGAAUCUAAUAUUAAAAUUAAAGCAGAGACAGAAUUAUCAACACGACUUGAUCCAGAUGAAUUAAAAGAAGAAAAGAAAAUAGGAGAAGGAUCAUUUGGAAUUGUUUAUCUUGGAGAAUUUAGAGGAAAUAAAGUAGCAAUUAAGAAAAUGAAAGAAAGUGAUAGACAACAAUCAUCUCUUGAUGAAUUUGAGAAAGAAGUAGUGAUGUUAGAUAAGUUUAGAAGUGAAUAUAUCAUUCAUUUUUAUGGAGCAGUAUUUAUUCCUAGUAAAAUAUGUAUGGUAACAGAAUUUGCAGAAUUUGGUUCAUUAAGUGUUUUAAUUAAGAAAAGAGAUAUAAGUCAAGUGUCUAUGAAAUUAAGAAUUAAGUUCAUGCUAAACGCAGCUAAAGGAAUUUCAUAUCUUCAUUCAAAUGGAAUAUUACAUAGAGACAUUAAACCAGAUAAUAUCCUUGUUGUAUCACUUGAUGAAAAUGAACAAGUUAAUUGUAAACUAACAGAUUUUGGAGCAUCAAGAAAUAUUAAUAUGAUGAUGACAAAUAUGACAUUUACAAAAGGAAUAGGAACUCCUGUUUAUAUGGCACCAGAAAUAUUAAAUAAGAUUAGGUAUAAACAAUCAGCAGAUAUUUAUUCAUUUGCAAUCACAAUGUACGAAUGUUUUGGGUGGUGUGCAGCAUAUCCAAAGUCACAAUUUCAGUUCCCAUGGUCCAUUGCUGAUUUUGUAACUCAAGGAAACAGAAGAACAAAAGCUGAGGCAAUGACAAAUGAACAAUAUGACUUAAUUGAUCAAUGUUGGAAACAAAACCCAGAUGAAAGAAUACCAAUUGAUGUGGUAGUAGCUAAACUAGAAGAGUUAUAA